UUUGGAUCUUUGUUUUGGAUUAGUGCUUUGUGGCAAUGGAUGGUAACUAUCUUAUUUUCGAUUACCUCACUGGGAAAUAAUACUAACGGACCGGGGAUGACAAAGAGAAUAGGAUACCGAGACUGGAGAUGGCAGGCGCUUUGGUGGCAUCAUUUCUUUCUCUUGUGGACUACAAUACACGGACAGACUCGUUACAGCAUCCCGGAGGAACUAAAACAGGGCUCUGUGGUAGGAAAUCUAGCCAAAGAUCUGGGUUUGGGACUAUCUGAGAUUUUUGACCGUAAACUGCGAGUCGCCUCUGAGGCUGGUGAGCAGUAUUUCAGUGUGGAUGCAGGGAAGGGCGAGCUGGUGGUGAAUGACAGAAUAGACAGAGAGGCUUUAUGUGGACAAAGCGCCAGCUGUGUGUUGCCUCUGCAAGUGGUCAUUGAUAAACCGUUACAAUUGUACCGAGUCGAGGUGGAAAUACAGGAUAUUAACGAUAAUUCGCCAUUAUUCCCUUCGCAAGAAAUAAUAUUACAAAUAGCAGAGUCAACAGCGGCAGGGGCACGUUUUCCAGUAGAGACUGCACAGGAUCUUGAUGUUGGAGUGAAUUCAGUGAGGUCGUAUACUUUGAGUAAAGACGACUUUUUUAGUUUAAAGAUAAAAGACGUAUCUGGUGGGAGGAAAGUCCCAGAGCUAGUUUUGUCUAAAUCUCUUGACAGAGAAAAAAAGCCUAUACAUCAGCUGCAAUUAACAGCUAUAGACGGAGGAAACCCAGUAAAAUCUGGGACCUCUCUAAUAACCAUAAAUGUACUUGAUAUUAAUGAUCAUUUUCCUGUAUUUGAGAAAAAUGUUUACAAAGUCUCCAUAAGCGAAAACAGUGUACAAGGUGCAUCUAUCAUAAAACUUGAAGCAAAAGAUAUUGAUGAAGGUGCUAAUGGAGAAGUAGAGUAUUCAUUUGGAACCCACACACCAGAUAUUGUCCUGUCUGUGUUUGAUAUUGACUCAGUAACCGGAGAAAUACGUCUUACAGGGAAACUAGAUUUUGAAACAAAUGCAAAUUAUGAAAUUGACGUUUGCGCAAGAGACAAAGGAACUCCGAGAAUGGAGGGGCAUUGUACUGUCCAUAUAGAAGUGAUAGAUGUUAACGAUAACGCUCCAAAUAUAUUUCUGACCUCGCAACCAAACUCUGUGCCUGAAGACGCACCAAGUGGUACUGUUGUAGCUUUAAUCAGUGCCCGAGACCUUGACUCUGGUUACAACGGUAAGGUAUCAUUACAACUCCCCAAGGGGUCUCCUUUUAACCUGAAACCCUCUUUUUCUGAUAAUUACGCACUGGUUACUAGUGGUGCUUUAGACAGAGAGAGCUCCUCACACUUUGAUAUUGAAGUAACUGCCACUGAUUCAGGCUCUCCUCCUCUUUCCAGUAAGAAAACUAUUAAUUAUUCUAACGGACCGGGGAUGACAAAGAGAAUGGGAUACCGAGACUGGAGAUGGCAGGCGCUUUGGUGGCAUCAUUUCUUUCUCUUGUGGACUUCAAUAGACGGACAGACUCGUUACAGCAUCCCAGAGGAACUGAAACAGGGCUCUGUGGUAGGAAAUCUAGCCAAAGAUCUGGGUUUGGGAUUAUCUGACAUUUUUGAACGUAAAUUGCGUGUUGACUCUGAGGCUGGUGAGCAGUAUUUCAGUGUGGAUGCGGGGAAGGGCGAGCUGGUGGUGAAUGACAGAAUAGACAGAGAGGCUUUAUGUGGACAAAGCGCCAGCUGUGUGUUGCCUCUGCAAGUGGUCAUUGAUAAACCGUUACAAUUGUACCGAGUCGAGGUGGAAAUACAGGAUAUUAACGAUAAUUCGCCAUUAUUCCCUUCGCAAGAAAUAAUAUUACAAAUAGCAGAGUCAACAGCGGCAGGGGCACGUUUUCCAGUAGAGACUGCACAGGAUCUUGAUGUUGGAGUGAAUUCAGUGAGGUCGUAUACUUUGAGUAAAGACGACUUUUUUAGUUUAAAGAUAAAAGACGUAUCUGGUGGGAGGAAAGUCCCAGAGCUAGUUUUGUCUAAAUCUCUUGACAGAGAAAAAAAGCCUAUACAUCAGCUGCAAUUAACAGCUAUAGACGGAGGAAACCCAGUAAAAUCUGGGACCUCUCUAAUAACCAUAAAUGUACUUGAUAUUAAUGAUCAUUUUCCUGUAUUUGAGAAAAAUGUUUACAAAGUCUCCAUAAGCGAAAACAGUGUACAAGGUGCAUCUAUCAUAAAACUUGAAGCAAAAGAUAUUGAUGAAGGUGCUAAUGGAGAAGUAGAGUAUUCAUUUGGAACCCACACACCAGAUAUUGUCCUGUCUGUGUUUGAUAUUGACUCAGUAACCGGAGAAAUACGUCUUACAGGGAAACUAGAUUUUGAAACAAAUGCAAAUUAUGAAAUUGACGUUUGCGCAAGAGACAAAGGAACUCCGAGAAUGGAGGGGCAUUGUACUGUCCAUAUAGAAGUGAUAGAUGUUAACGAUAACGCUCCAAAUAUAUUUCUGACCUCGCAACCAAACUCUGUGCCUGAAGACGCACCAAGUGGUACUGUUGUAGCUUUAAUCAGUGCCCGAGACCUUGACUCUGGUUACAACGGUAAGGUAUCAUUACAACUCCCCAAGGGGUCUCCUUUUAACCUGAAACCCUCUUUUUCUGAUAAUUACGCACUGGUUACUAGUGGUGCUUUAGACAGAGAGAGCUCCUCACACUUUGAUAUUGAAGUAACUGCCACUGAUUCAGGCUCUCCUCCUCUUUCCAGUAAGAAAACUAUUAAUGUCAUUAUUACUGAUGUGAAUGACAACCCUCCUGUAUUCACUCAGCCCUCCUAUAAUGUAUAUUUAAAAGAGAAUGGGGUACCAGGAUCUAUACUGUACUCAGUAUCAGCCUCUGACCUGGAUUUUGGUGAAAAUGCUAAAAUCUCUUACUCUAUACUGGACUCUAAAGUGCAGGACAUUUCUGCCUCGUCGUAUGUUUACAUUAACUCAGAUAACGGCAGCAUCUACAGCAUGCACUCGUUUGACUAUGAGAAACUGAAGGUGUUUCAGAUUCAGGUUCAGGCAAAGGAUCAGGGCUCUCCGUCUCUCAGCAGCAACGCCACUGUCCAUGUUUUUAUCCUGGACCAGAACGACAACGCCCCCGCUGUUAUUUACCCCUCUUCCGCUGCCCUGGGCUCCCUCUCUCAUCAGAGGAUGCCCCGCUCCGCUAAAGCGGGUCACCUGGUUACUAAGGUGACGGCCGUGGACGCUGACUCGGGCCAUAACGCCUGGAUCUCCUACAAACUGGCGGAGGCCACAGACGCCUCUCUGUUCACUGUCAAUCUGUACACAGGGGAGGUGAGGACUAAACGCGCUGUGUCCGAGCAGGACGACUCCUCUCAGAGGCUGCUUAUAGAGAUCAGGGACGACGGGGAACCGGUCCAGUCCUCCACCGUCACGGUGUCCAUCAUGCUGGAGGACGGUCUCCAUGAGCCCAUCUUAGACCUCCGACAGAAAGCGGCCGAGCCCAGCAAGAAAACUGGGAGAAUCACCCUUUAUUUGAUUCUGUCUCUGGCCUCGGUGUCCGUGCUGUCUCUGUUGACUUUUCUCAUCUUAGCGGUUAAAUGCAUCAGGAGCAGCAGAAGCAGCGGUAGCUGCUGCAUGAGACGGACCGACUGUGAUGAUUACAAGAACCCCAACAGAAACCUGCAGAUUCAGCUCAACACUGAUGGACCUAUAAAGUACGUGGAGGUCCUGGGAGGAGACAUGUUGUCUCAGAGUCAGUCCUUCAGGUCCUGCAUGUCUCCAAUGUCAGAGUACAGUGAUUUCACUCUGAUUAAGCCCAGCAGCACCACUGACUUUAAGGAGGUGAUCAGUGUCCUGGAUGCGUCUUUACCCGACAGCACCUGGACCUUUGAGAGCCAGCAGGUGAGCAGAAAACAACAGACCUGCUAUAGGGUUUUUCGAUCACUAUUGGCAAUAUAUUUCUUUCACAGCCUGAAAUAA